GCUCCCACACGGGGGUGGCUGAACUGAGAAGCUUCUUGGAAGGAGUUUCAAUCUGACACAUUUUUCUAGCUGUUGGCAAGGUCUAAUCGUUUAUUUAUCUCCGUCUCUCUUUCUCUGUUUCCACAUCCCUCCUUCUCUCAUCGUGCCCCACAUCUCCCAAGAACAGGACGGUUGUUGUUUGUUUGCUCUCUUUCUCUGAACUGAAAUCUUUUAUCAGAACUGGAAUCUGACCGUGCCCCAUGGCAGCCCUCUGGCAAGCCAUCGCAGGUCCUGCCCCCUCCCACAAGGUCCAGGGUUUGCUCAAGACCCCGUCUCGUUUUGUACAACAAACCCAGGGCUUCUCUUUCGAGCACAGAGAGGGCUAUUUCCCCACCACCAGCCUGGGCAAAACGAGGUGCCAUUGGAGGAGCUACAUGAGUGUGGGUGAAGCCUGGGACUGUAGUGAUAUGGAGAGUGAAUUCUCCUUCCAAGGCAGGGCUGGGUGGGGCCCAUCCUUGGAGCCAUGUGUGGGGUGUAGCUCAGGACUGUCCAAACAUGGGGGAGACUGGGGUGUAUGAGUAUGCUGAAACCUAGAUCUACCGAACAUGAAAUCCUUUCUAUGAUCCUAAUUUUUCCUGUCCUAGUCAGGUUCUUCAGACUCUGUCCACUAAUCCCUAGCCCCUCCACUAACACCCCCCAACACCCACAAGGCCCGUGACCCCACAGCUAAUUAACUACAAGCACUCUCUGAAGUCGCUAGCACUUAGGGUUGAAAAGAAACCCCUUCAUAAUGUAAACUGGGUGUGACUCCAGCAGUACUGUCUGCCUGAGUCAGCAGCCUCCCUGAAACAACAGCUCUGAGUGGUGUGCUCUCAUAUUCAUUUCAAGAAGGCAUUGACUUUGUUUUCAAUUUAAAUGCUAGCAUUGCAAAGUGUUUCACUGCUGAGCAAAGCACACAAGGAAGGAGACAGGUCAGAUUAUGGAGAUGGUUGCAAUCUGUUGAGUGGGAUUUCAUCUGGGCAUCAGGCAUGGGCAGCUUGUAGUGUAUGUAGAGCUUCAGUUGGGGGCAGACCUUGGAAGUGCCUCAGACCCCUGGUAAUAGCACCAAGGGAGAAGAUUACUGCAGGGACCACCUCCACAGAGAAGCGUGGAACUUUGUCAUCCUCACCUGUGCUGGGGGGGGUGUCUUCUUCUCUCUUCCAGUGUGGGCCCCUCCUGUGUACGGCAGGGAUGAAGCCUUCUCCUCCCCUUCUGCUUUGCUUCUGGCUGUCCAUCCUUCUAGAUGUUUCACUGGCAUCAAGAAUCACUCAGGGACCCUCAAAUCUAACUUGUGUUUAUGACUCGCGGGCGACUCUCUUUUGCACCUGGGCUCCAGACAGGAAUCGCACAGAAGCACCGUGCCGACUUGACGUUUUUCAUGACACUGAUGAGAGGAAUCUAACAAGGAGUUGUGAAUUUCCUAGUAUGGCACCCAGGAGAUGUGAACUAGCCUUCGAUAAAGACAUUGAUUGUCAGGUCUUCACGGUUGUAGACUCACUUCGCCUGACUGUGUCCUGCCAAGCUGGGGAAAACGGGACAACUGUGAUUCAACAGCAGAAAUUCGGACUGUGGGACAACAUACAGCUGAGGCCACCUGACAACCUCCAAGUGGUAAACACCAGUGACUCCAGCUGCAACUUAACUUGGAGAAUUCCUAUUUCCUCUCACUACUUAAAAAAUAAACGGGAGUUUGAAGUGUGGUGCAGAGAUCGCUCAAAGCCCCAGGAGACUGCCAUGCUCCUCCCUAUCAAGCAGGACCAGGAAUGGGUGAGGAUUGAGAACCUUUCGCCUGACUCAGAGUAUGAGGCUGAAGUUCGCGUGAAGCCAAAGCAUUAUGGUUUGUGGAGCAACUGGAGCAAGACGCUCACAUGGAGGACAGAUCGUAGUGAUGUGAAUCUUGGAUAUUCAGUACUUCCCCUGGGGGACCUCCAGCUUACGAUGCCAGCCCUUGUGGGGACCAUCUGCACCAUCGUCUUCGUUGUCAUCAUUGUCUUGAUCAUCACCUCACAGCCAUUGAAAAGGCUUAAGAAGGUGCUGAAGAUUUACAUUCCAGACCCGGACAAGUUCUUUCCCCCGCUGAGCACUGUGCACAGAGGCGACGUUCAGAAGUGGCUCUCCUCUCCAUUUUCCACGUCUCUCUUCAGUGUGAGCAGUAUCUCCCCAGAAAUCUCAGAGCUAGAGAUAAUUCAGAAGGAGAAACAGGACUCCCAGCUCCUCCUUCCCAAGGCCUUUCUCACCUCUGGUGCCCCGCCAGAAACCAGCGGGCACUCACUGACCAGCUGCUUCACCAACCAAGGCUAUUUCUUUUUCCACCUCCCUGACUCCUAUGAGAUUGAGCCCUGCCAGGUGUAUUUCACCUACGAGCCCUUCGCCCGGAAGAGCAGUGGCAGUGAAGAUGGUGAUUCCUAUGGAGCACUCCCCUCCCCAGAUCUCUGCAUGCUGGAGGACGACCUGCCACUCUUCUCCUCCGGAUUUCUUCAUUGCAUCGAAGCAAACCAAGGUUUCCAGAACAGUUCUUUUGUGGGAGAGAUUCAGAGCACAACCAAUGGGCUUGGGGCACUUCCUGAGGCUCUUCUGUCAUCCGAGAGCUCCUCCCCAGCAUUGGUAUUGGAGCAGGAUGAGAAGGUGAAUGGAAAUGACACAGUUUUACAGCUCUCUGAAUCCCAACAGAAGCCUGGCAUGGUCUUCUCAGAUGUCCCAGGGCUGCAUGACAACGAUACCAUUCAAACCACAGAAGAGGCUGAGGACGCAGACCCUCAAAUCAGUUCCACUACUACUAUGGCAGAUGCAAGCUCUUCGUUUUCCCAGCCCAUGCCUCUGAGGCAAGGUCAAGCUGAUGAUCUCCACAGGACUGCUUCCUCCAGCCAGGUCCCAAACACUGGGGCCUACCUAUCUUUGAGUGAGCUCCAAAGCCAAUACAACCAUCAUUCAGUCUAAGAUCUGCCUCAAGAACCUUCUGAGCUUAAGGCCUUCUCUGGAGGGAGAGAUGGACAAACAGACAAACUGUCUAAGAGAACAAGAAGUUGAACAUUAGUUUUAACAAACCCAAUGGGACUUAUCUUUUGAGUAGCAUGGAGAGAGAGACCCUUGUACUUUUCACUGUUGCAAGGGAAUGGGACCUUGGUGGCACAUGGAACGAGUAUGAUCCAAACCUACAACCUGAAGGAAAAGUAAAGGCCCUAAUAGGUCAGCUUUGGAUUGGGGAUGGGUGAAUGUAUGAAGGGAUGAAAAUCUAAGAAAAAGGAUGCUCAGGAGGAGAGAUGUGUGCAUGGAUGGAUUCCGUGGUACAGACAACACCAUGGAUAAGCUGACAGCUUGGUAGAUACUGUGGCUGGAUGGAUACCAUGGAAGGAGAACUAGAUAGACGAAUGGGUAGACAAAUGGAUAGAGAUGAAAUUGAGAAAGUCAGAAAGGGGCAUUACAACUAUUAAAGUACAUAGAGCAAAUGGAGAAAGAGAAAUUGGAUUGCUCUGCAACUCGGCGUGAAGAUAGUACCAAACCCUGAGGCUGAGCAGCCAAACUUUCCAUCCCUCAAGUACCAAUUUACAGGGCAUGCAAGCAUCUACAGGGGAAUAGAAAUACUUGAGAAGGUGGAGGUGGUGAACUGCUAGUGAGUGCUGGGGGCUGCUGAGGAUGGAGGUGAUGGACGGUGUUAAGGGUGGUCCUUACUGAUUGGCCCAGGGUUUAGUUCAUUUCCUGCAUCCUUCCCACUCCAGUCUGUGUGAAGUGAAUGUUCUAAUGAGUUUGGUCCCAACCAGAUAUCUGGGUUUGGGCUUGGGUCUUCAAAGACAAUUCAAAGCCAGAAAUGAGUCAAGGGAUGUGAUCAAAAAAACAAUCCCUACUAUCAGCAAAAAAAUACUAGGGAAAAUUCCCCCAUCUUAUGAGGUGUGGGGGAAGCAAGUGAGAUGCUAGCAAUAACAUAGAACACAACAUUUCCCAUUCUUGCUGCAAUCUUUUCAUGAAAUCAAAAGCCUCUUUGCCCUACAGACCAAAACCCUGUCAUUCGACUGUGAUAAGAUAAUUGCAGAAGAGUCCACCCCACAUCCUGUAGUAAGUGGAAAUCAUUUAAUUGGUAAUCCCCAUUCCUUCCUUUGCUUGAGGGGAAUCAUUGCUCAAUUAGCAGUAAAGGCAGAUAAAUCAGCUCCAGAUAAAUGACUUCAGAUCAUCACCGUUGCCUAAAACCAAAACUCGGUCCAUUCAUUUGGCUCAAAAAAAUUUUUGGAUAGCAUUUUGUAGUGCCUCCAUAUUUACUGAUUUGGGGCAGAAGUGCUGAAAUAAUCCGGGGAGGUCGGGGAUAGGGGGAAGACUGUUGAUGUUGGUUCCAUGGUAUCUGUCCAUCCAUCCGUCUGACCAUCCUUUGUAUCUAUUGUAUCUUUUUCUUGACAUCUUUCCAGACCUGUCUAGACAUGGGAAAUACCAACCUCAUGCUAAAAAGACCUGAGCUCUCUCACACGAGAUUUCCAAACCAAAGAAAUUUGGAUAAGCAUCCAAACUUUUGAGGAACAUAUCCAAACCUUUAGGAUACUUCUGUAAACCUUCCAAGAUUCACCCACAUUUAGUUCACUGUUCCCCAUUUCCACACUAAUGUUGAGUUUCCCCCUUUGUCCUGGUACUCCUGUUCCAGCACCAAAAUUAUUCCCCCAGUUUCAUUCUCCUGAGCUAUUAAAUUGAACGCUUUGCUUGUCAGAUAAGUGGGUGUCCAAUGGGUUUGAUUUUGUCCAUGAAAGUGCUGCUGAUACUGCAAUAGGAUGGAACCUGGCCUGGUUAGCAUUGAGAAGGUUGCAGGGAGCCAAUCCUUUCCUGUAUCUCUUUCUCCAAGCCACUGCACAUGUCUCAGGAUGCCUGUCAUCCCACCAUCUCAGAGACUGGGGAUAAAGAAGGGAUAACUGCUUCCCAGCUGAGUGAGGCCAAGGCCACCCAGUGUAUUUAAUGUGCUAUUGGAAGCUCUCAAGACGCACCAUAAAGAGUAAGCACUGCCAGGCUGGAUGCUAGCUUAGAUGGCCAGUAAUCCCAUCGCGGUUCCUAGGUAUUUCUUCAUAAGCUUCUUAAUCAUUCUUGCUGCUAAAACGAGUAACAAAAAAACCUGCCUUUUUGUCAAUAAAAUAAAAAUCAAUGCAGUGUCAAA